GAAAAUACAGAAAUAUUUAGCCAACAUGGUUCUACUGGGGACAGUGGUAAAGUACCGUUACAUAGCAUCGCUAACAUCAAAGGUUUUAAGCUUGCUUGUAUUAAUAUAAAUAGUUUAUGUAAACAUAUUGAUGAGAUUCGCUAUAUUUUGAUGUCUAGUCCCUUGGAAGUGCUAGCUAUUAAUGAAUCCAAACUUGAUACUAUCACUGGCGGAGAAAUACACAUCCGGUUACGUUAUAAUAAGAAAAGAUCGAAAUAG